AUGGAGGCGGAAAGCAGAAAGGUGUACCUCGACAGGCUUCUAAGGUACGCAGAGAUUGACAUCUGUCCGGCCAACUGGGAGCGGAUUGCUCUGGGGGCCAUCCUGCUGGCCUCCAAGGCGUGGGACGACCAGGCUGUGUGGAACGUGGACCACCGCCAGAUCCUGAAGGACAUCACGGUGGAGGACACGAACGAGCUGGAGCGACAGAUCCUCGAAUUGCUCCAGUUCAACAUCAACGUGCCCUCCAGUGUUUAUGCCAAGUAUUAUUUUGGUCUUCAUUCUCUGGCGGAAGCCAACAACCAGAGCUUCCACUCGGAGGCCCUGAGCAGGGAGAGGGCCCACAAGCUGGAGGUGAACUGACUCCCAGCCCAGAAGCAGAGGGUAAAGAAG